UUCUCUAGAAAUAGAAAAUCUUAGGGUGUAUAAUGAGUUCCCCCUCCUUGGGGGUGGGACUCAGCUUAGAUUAGAACCCCCUAGGAAUGAUAGUUACCCCCUUCUCUCUGAUCCUACCCUGUACUUCUCCUUUGAUUCCUCCAUACCCACUCAUCUUUCAUCCUGUAGCCUCUUCCCCAUCAUCUCCCAUUUCUUCUACAGGGGCAGUUCCCCAGGCCUGGUGGCCCAAAACUGCUGCUACAGCCGCCAUGGGGGGUUGAAGUCCUUAUCCCCCAAUGCAGGUAAGUAUUUGUUCCUCCUUACCCCCAAAUCAAGUAGGCCACAUUGACUGUCUACUCCAGCUUCCCAUGCACAUGCAUGGUAUUUCCACAGGCAACCAAGAUUUGAAACAGGGGGAACAAGAAACAGAGAAUAGGUGAGGUCUAAACCCCUCCCCUGACAGCCUCUCACUACCUCGACUCCUCUCCUAACAUCACUCCCAUCCAUUCUGUUCUCCUAAAUCUUACCCUAUGAACUGGACACCAGCUGCUCCCACAAAUCCUUUUACCUAACAUUCUGAAGGCCUCUUUCCUCAUAGGGUCAAACAACUCUGAUACUUCUCUUUGACAUUCUCUGAAGGAUUUUAAAUUUGGCCAUAGCACUAAUGGUUCCAGCUCAUACUCAUCAUGUGUCCUCCUCUAUACAAUUCCCAGUUUAGUGCCCUGUGACUCAUUAUCCAUCUCCCCACCUACCAGGUCUGCCAGUGAGGAGCAGGUCUUGUCACAAGAUAGGUCUGGGGAGAAGCCCACGCGCACAGUUCCUCCACAGGCCCAGGCCCUGGCCCCACCAGCCCAGUCCUGGACAGUGGGUGGGGACAUGUUCAAUGCCAGGUUUAUUCGAAACCUGCACGAACGUCGCAGCACUAGACCUUGGUGACCAAAGUUCCUUCUCACACCUUCAAAGUCCGUAUUAUAUCCCUACUACAGAAGAGUGCCAAAGCCCAGCUUUCAUAAUGGAUGGAUUCAUUCAUUCAUUCAUUCAACCAACAGGUUUUCUUAUUUCCUCCAAAUAACUUGUGUCUUACCUUUAGCCAGAGCAAUAAAAGUAUUUAUUUUUAUCACGAAAGCUAUUGAAAGAUUUGACUGUCAUUACUUCAAUCCCACCCACCCCUCACUCUCGGUGCGCACGGUUCAGCCCCAUCUUCGCUCAGCUUCUGGCAAAAAUGCUUCAGGUGAGAGUACAAAGUACAGGGUGCUAAUUUACUGCGCAAGCGCUCUGAGGCAGCCUCCAGUCCGGUGAGCGCAGGCGCACGACCGAGCGUCCCCGGCAGCCUCCCUGGAAUCCGCAGUGCGCAAGCGCGCAACAUCUCCGUUUUCCUCCCCUGAGCCCCUAUUUCCCCCCUCCUUUCCCCUUCACGAAACCGGCUCCAGGGCACGCUCACCCCUGUAAGGAGGCCGGAGGCCGGACUCGGGAGACGCUCUCUCCACUCCCGGAAGAUCAUGUAUCAGCCCAGCCGGCGGGCGGCCCGGCGUCUCGGCCCCUGCCUGCGCGCCUACCAGGCUCGACCCCAGGACCAGCUUUCUCCACGGACUCUACCAUUCCCGCCCCUUUGGCCCCACUCCACGACACCCACUUCCCCAUCUUCUCCUCUUCUCUGGUCCCCACCACCUUUAUGCCCUGCCAGCCUUCAUCUUCCCCCAGCUCCCCCUUUCCCUCUCCCUCAGGUCCAGGCCCUCAGCUCACCAUGGGUGGUUCUCCCUCCAGGAAAGGGGGAGGAUGGACCAGGACCUGAGGUGCACAGUGGCUGCCUGGAUGGGCUUAGAAGCCUUUUUGAGGGACCUCCCUGCCCCUAUCCUGGGGCUUUGAUACCUUUCCAAGCCCCUGGAACUGCCCACCCUUCCCCUGCCACCCCAUCAGGAGAUCCUAGUAUGGAGGAACACCUGGCUAUCAUGUAUGAGAGACUGAGACAAGAACUUCCCAACCUCUUCCUUCACUCCCAUGACUACACUCUCUAUUCUUUGGAUGUGGAAUUCAUCAAUGAGAUCUUGAACAUGCGUACCAAAGGCCGAACAUGGUACAUUUUGUCACUGACCCUCUGUCGUUUCCUGGCCUGGAACUAUUUUGCACAACUUCGUUUGGAGGUUCUACAGCUGACUCGACACCCAGAGAACUGGACCCUGCAAGCCCGCUGGCGGCUUGUAGGGCUGCCUAUCCAUAUGCUCUUUCUGCGUUUCUAUAAGCGUGACAAGGAUGAGCUUUACAGAACCUAUGAUGCCUAUUCUACCUUCUACCUGAAUUCCAGUGGCCUCAUUUGUCGCCAUCGCCUAGACAAACUGAUGCCUUCACACUCACCUCCAACACCUGUGAAGAAGCUGCUAGUGGGAGCACUGGUCGCCCUGGGGUUGUCAGAACCAGAACCCAACUUAAACCUGUGUUCCAAGGCCUAAUCUUUGGCCUUGGCAUGGAGGCGGGACUGAAGACUUUGUGACGCACAAGCAAAGGAAGUGGAGGUGGCCAAGAAUCUCAGGAGCCAGCUUCCUCCCUGCCCUUUUCUCUGUCCUUUCUUCCUUUCCAUCUCAUGCUGUGUAAAGCUGCUGUGUAAUUUAACUUGUAAAUAAUAAAGUUUAAGUGACUAUAUGAGACAGAACUUCCUAUGUCACUUUCUCUGGAUCUCAUAAGUUCCCACAAACUUUAUUCCAAAAAUAAUUUUAUUUAAUAGAUAUUAAAUAAUGUAUAGA